CGCUGCCGCCGCCGCCGCCACCGCUGCCGCCGCCGCCGCCGGGAAGUUCUCCGCCAUGAACCUGAGGGGCCUCUUCCAGGAUUUCAACCCGAGUAAAUUCCUCAUCUAUGCCUGUCUGCUGCUGUUCUCUGUGCUGCUGGCCCUUCGUCUGGAUGGCAUCAUUCAGUGGAGUUAUUGGGCUGUCUUUGCUCCAAUAUGGUUGUGGAAGUUAAUGGUCAUAGUUGGAGCCUCGGUUGGAACUGGAGUCUGGGCACGAAAUCCCCAAUAUCGAGCAGAAGGAGAGACAUGUGUGGAGUUCAAAGCCAUGCUAAUUGCAGUGGGCAUCCAUCUGCUCCUGUUGAUGUUCGAAGUUCUAGUGUGUGACAGGAUCGAGAGGGGAAGCCACUUCUGGCUUCUGGUCUUUAUGCCACUCUUCUUUGUGUCCCCUGUGUCCGUUGCAGCCUGUGUUUGGGGCUUUCGACAUGACAGGUCACUGGAGUUAGAGAUCCUGUGUUCUGUCAACAUUCUCCAGUUUAUAUUCAUUGCCUUAAGACUGGACAAGAUCAUCCACUGGCCCUGGCUUGUGGUGUGUGUCCCCCUGUGGAUUCUCAUGUCCUUUCUGUGCCUGGUGGUCCUCUACUACAUCGUGUGGUCCGUCCUCUUCCUGCGCUCCAUGGAUGUGAUUGCAGAGCAGCGAAGGACACACAUCACCAUGGCCCUGAGCUGGAUGACCAUUGUUGUGCCUCUCCUCACCUUCGAGAUUCUGCUGGUUCACAAACUGGAUGGCCACAACGCUUUCUCGUGUAUCCCGAUCUUUGUCCCCCUUUGGCUGUCACUGAUCACUCUGAUGGCAACCACCUUUGGGCAGAAAGGAGGAAACCACUGGUGGUUUGGUAUUCGCAAGGACUUCUGCCAGUUUCUGCUUGAAAUCUUCCCAUUUUUGAGAGAGUACGGAAACAUUUCCUAUGACCUCCAUCAUGAAGAUAAUGAGGAAACAGAAGAGACCCCAGUUCCAGAACCUCCUAAAAUCGCCCCCCUGUUUCGAAAGAAGACCAGGGUGGUCAUCACACAGAGCCCUGGAAAGUAUGUCCUCCCGCCCCCAAAAUUAAAUAUCGAAAUGCCGGAUUAGACAAUCACAUGCUGGGUCUCACGUGGGUGGACUGGACGCUUAUUCUCCUCUCCCUGCCUCUGCCUCUGUGUUCACCCCAGAACUGGCACUGGAGCUGGGGCUCCAGGGACCUCCAUCUCAUGCCUUGUUUGCAAAUGCCAGCCAGUGACUUACUGCGGGGGACACAAGGGGCCAUAUCAGUGGAUGUGAACUGAUGGUGGAAGUAUGGGAGGGAAGGAGGAGGCAUUCUCUGCACAGUGGGCCUCGGGAGGUGGCAGGAAUGUGUGCCCAUUAGGAUGGAUAAGCCAGACGGAGCACUUCUAGGUGGCUGCUUCUAAAUGCUAAAAUGCUCAUAACAAGUGUUGGUCCUCAGUGCCUGCUACACCGGGCCACCCGCACGUGUAUAGCACAGGGUUCCCCUGGCAGGGGUGCUGGGGAGGAGCUAGAAGGUGUGGCCCAGGUACACACCAGUCAUCACUGCAUGUCACUGAGGCAGCAGACGGCAGCAGGUGGUCCUGGUCCCAUGGCUGAGACUCCUGGAGCAGCUCCGUGCCUGUAUAGUAUUUAUGUGACUCAGCAUUGUUACAUAUCGUGUGCACUCCCAGCUCUGUACAGUUGAUCCUGGAAAGUAUUUUUUUACAAGCUUGAACUGGACACGGACAUGUGGUGUAACAGAGGUUGAAAUCAGUGGCAUGCCUUCCCCAUCCAUGGCAGAGUCAGUCUUUUGGGGGACCAGGCCUUUCCUCCCACAAAUUUCUCCAUCUACCUAGUAUUUGCAGCUGCCGGAAUGGCCAUAGCAAGAAAGUGCCGGGGCUCCUCCAGCACUGGGAAUAUGGGUUCCCGGGAACCUCGGAAGCCCAGCAGCAUCUGAAGAAGCUGCUGAGACCAGAAAUAGGCAGCGGGAUGGGCAGAGGUUAAGGGCUGACACUUUUUUUUCCCACUUCCUUCUCAAAAUCGACUGUGCCCAUGUGUUUCGGGCUGCAGGGACAGCCAGGAGUCGGGAAUAACCCAAACCCUAGGACAGAACUUUCUGCCCAGAUGUAUAGGAGGUGAGGGCACUGGCUUCUUCCCCAGGUUACUGCUCCCCUGUUUCCAACGGGCGCUCAGCUGCCCUCCGCCACACGUGUGUCCUCCUGUUCUGUUGAGGGUGGAAGAGUGGGAACUUUCGGAAGGGUGUUGUGUCGCCUUUCCUGCUUGGUGUGUAACAGAUGUAGCUCCAUCACCCGUUUUGAUCCCUUUAGCUGUUCAAUAAACCGGUUCCUUGUUUUCCAUA